CACUGACAUACAUAUACACACACAUAUAAGCACGAGUUCUUCCAAAAAGAGACAAAGGAGAAUAAAUAGUAGGGGAAAAGAAACAUUUAUCCUCUAUAAAAACAGAAACCUUUUGUCCUUUUAUAUCUUUAACCUUCACUCACAAAAUCACAAUCCUCCCUUAGUGUUCUUCUUCUUCAACAUCUUUCUUCCUCUACAGAAGGCAAAAAAAAAAAACGUUUUCUUUUUCUUUCAAGAAAUCAAGAUCAAAAGAAUUAGGGUUUUCGAAUGGGUAGGUGUGGAAGAAGCAACGACGGAGUAAUUGGUGGAGUAAGACCAUACGUACGAUCUCCGGUGCCUCGUCUGAGAUGGACGCCGGAGCUUCACCGGAGUUUCGUUCACGCCGUUGAUUUGCUCGGCGGUCAAUAUAAAGCAACUCCAAAACUUGUUCUGAAGAUAAUGGAUGUCAAGGGACUAACCAUAUCACACGUCAAGAGCCAUCUCCAGAUGUAUAGGGGAUCCAGAAUCACUCUUCUUGGAAAACCAGAAGAGAGUUCUUCACCAUCUUCAAGAAGAAGAAGAAGACAAGACAAUGAAGAAGAUCAUCUUCAUGACAACUUGUCUGUACACGCAAGGAAUGAUUGUCUUUUGGGUUUUCACUCUUUUAACUUUAGAGAGCAGACUUCAGCGACUGAUAAUGAUGACGAUGACUUUCUUAACAUCAUGAACAUGGAGAGAACGAAGACAUUUGCAGGCAAUGGCGAGUCCAUCAAAUUUCAGUCUCAUCACUCUCUCGAGGCUGAGAACACGAAGAACAUUUGGAAAAACACAUGGCGAGAAAACGAACACGAAGAAGAAGAAGAGUUAUCGCUGUCUCUGUCGUUGAAUCAUCCUCAUAACCAUCAACAAAGAUGGAAAAGCAAUGCUUCAUCAUCACUCAGUGAAACAAGCGAAGCAGUCUCAUCUUCUUCUGGUCCAUUCAUCUUCAGAGAUUGUUUUGCUUCUUCGAAGAUUGAUCUUAAUCUUAAUCUCUCCUUUUCUCUACUCCAUAGCUGAAGCUUUGUUCAGCUUUGUUCCUUUGUUCUAAAUUUUAGCGUAGUGAACAUUUAGAUUGUUUUUAAACCACCUUAAAAGUUCCUAAUCUUUUAGUUAGGCCUCUUGAUUUGUGAUUGUGAUGUUUUUUUUUUUGGCUGUCUACAAUGUCACAAUUACAUCGGAUUUAUUAACAAGACUGAAAGGUUCAAACCAUUUGAGC